CUUUCUACUUCCUUUUGCUCUUUUCCGUUAAGCGUGGUGUUGCUUUUACAUAAAAUCUUGCAAAAAUGCCGCCCAAAUUCGACCCAAACGAAGUAAAGAUUGUUUGUCUUAGAGCUGUUGGUGGCCAGGUCGGUGCUACUGCCUCUUUGGCCCCUAAAAUUGGUCCCUUGGGAUUGUCUCCAAAAAAAGUUGGUGACGAUAUCGCUAAAGCUACCCAAGAUUGGUUAGGAUUGAAAAUCACCGUUCAACUAACAAUCCAGAACAGACAAGCUAAAGUCAGCGUUGUUCCAACUGCCUCCUCAUUGCUCAUUAGAGCUUUGAAAGAACCACCAAGAGACAGAAAGAAGGUGAAGAACGUCAAGCACAGCGGAAACCUUUCCUUUGAGGAGGUUGUUAACGUUGCCCGUACCAUGAGACCUAGGUCACUCGCCAGAGACUUGGCUGGAACCUGCAGGGAAAUUUUGGGAACGGCUCAAAGCGUUGGAUGUACGGUUGAUGGACAACAUCCUCACACCGUGAUCGAAAAAAUCAAGGCCGGAGAAUAUGAUGUACCAGAAGAGUAAAGUUAUUCUAUUUGAAUACAUUCUCUGAAAGCUAAAGAAUUUUUGCUUUUUUUCGUUGCUAUCAGUUUUCGAUACCUAAUAUGCGCUCUUUGUGGUGACCCUAUUUUAAGAAAGACAUUUAGCACUAUAGUUAAAAAUCUCUUUACUGAGGGUAUCUAAAGAUUUUUCCAUAGCAAUUUGUCUAUUAGCAUUGUAUAUAGGCUUAAAUGAAAAAAGCACAAUGGGAAGUUUUCAAUAAAAUAUUGUUCCCAUAAGCUCAGCUUAAACCAUCUAUGUCUCAAAUUUUAAAUCCCAAAGUUUAAAAACAAAUAUCAAAACGGCAUGUUUAUUGGACAAAAGAUAUAACAUAAAAACUAUGACCACAUUUUCCUGUCAAAACAUGAGAAUUUAAAGUAUUUACGAGUAUACGACCAAGGAAACAAUUAGGUAUAAUUCAAGACCAAGGCUACCUUAAUUUAAAGACUUUUCCAACAGAUUUUAAUAAAACUAAUUUCACUUACUAACAACAACUACAAAAUCACUGCUAUAUGGAGACAGUAUACUAGACCGGCAUUUGCAAUAAAUUACACAAUAUAGUUACCGAUUCAAUUAGGUAUUCUCUGAAAAUGAGAAGAGAUACUAUUUAAACAUUUUCACAACAUGCCAUAUCCAAAAUAGCUCAAAAAUUCCUCCAUUACCAAUUAACAUGAUAUUGCAAACAAAAAGGAAUUUCUUCGAUACUCUUAUUAAAAUUGAGACGAACUUCAAAAUAGCUGAUAACAGUCCUUUUACGAAAAUGAUGCACAAUGCAUACAAUGAAUACAGUAAAUUUCGGUAGAACUUUACGAAGGAACGCUUUAACGCUGUUCAUUACCGCAAAAAGCUCUGGCUUUUUUAUGCGGCUAAAAAGUAGUUACUGAGUAAAUUUGCUCCCCACUCGACUAAUAUCACAAUUAUGUUUAUAUACUGACUAUGUACUAAUUACGCUUUUUGUUUCAAAGUCUACAAAUA